AUGAAGAAUCACUAUAUAACCUUGGGAUUGUAAAGAAAUGCUCAACAACGAUAAAUUAAGGAAGCAUACCAUAAAUUAGCUUUAAAAUGGCAUCCAGUAUAAUAUAUAAUUAAUCUAUUAUUAGGAUAAGAAUACUAAUUGUCGAGCUUAGGCAAUUACACAAUUCCAAGAAAUUAAUGAGGCUUAUAAUAUACUAUCUCAGUAAGAAAGUAAGAAAAAGUAUGAUCAUAAAUUGGAAAAACAAGAUCAUUUCUUAAAACUCAAUUUUUUUCUGGAACAAUUUGAAGAAAUGAAUGAAGAAUUUACUUAUUUAACUAAAGAUGAUAAAGAUACUUUGAACAAAUUUAUCAAUAGGAUAGACAAUCAAAGUAAAAGAAUUAAGAAACAUUGA